GACAGAUGUUUGUAGCCUGUGACAUUUCACUUUUUCAACUUCAAAAUUCGUGUUGUGGUUUUGUUGUUUUUCUAAAUAAAUGGGAGGUAAUUUGAAAAAUUCUCCUCAUCAUUUUCCUCGGAUAGGUUUAACUACCAGACUUUACAAUUGAGAGACGCUCGUAUUAUUCAAAUCGAGAUGGACGCUUGUUUUGUGGACGUCACAGUGGAAUUCUUAGCUGUAGCUUUCCACAGUAUAUUGUACUACGCCUCCAUAUAUCCGAGGGUUAUUUUUGAAACGAGGAAAAAGUACAGCGUUGUGGUCUACCGGUGUCUGCACCCUGAUGUAAAUCUAUACAUCGACAGAUGCUUGAAAAGCAUCGCGGAGGCACUGAAAACAGAUGAGCUGCAUAGAGUGGAAUUUGCCGUGACGGAUACGAGCUUCACGCCGGGGAUUAAGUUUGUUUUCGACUUUGAACGCAUGGCUGCUUACGACGACACAGCCGAUGCGUAUUUAGUGAGAUGUGAACAGAACUUGCGCGCUUUUUGUUUACUCUUAGCGUCGGUGAGUCAGAAGUUCAACGGUUUCCCAGCGGACAGUAGCUUUGGAAUCUAUUUAUACACAAAUGAAUCAAUUGAAGUGGCAUUAGCGAGCAUGCCUCAUCUAGAAGACUUCCCUCUUAUUGAAGCAGAGGAGGAGGUUGAAGAAAUGGAUAAUAUUAUGCCCUUAAGGAGGUUCUCCAUCAGGAAUUACAGUAUAGACACUUACAUAGAACUUCCUAAACCAUGGACAUUUUGUUCUUAGUUUCUUAGACUUUAGAUAAUUUAGAUUUAUAUUAAGUGUUAUGAGGUCUAAGGUUAUUUCCACUGUUCAGAUUUCUUGCGAGUUGUAAUCAGCUUGUGCAGUGGAAAUGUUAAUCAGCAGGUUAUUUUGUGCAUUUAAAUGUUAGGCAACUAAUAAACAAAUUGCACCAUGAUACAAGUUUUGGCACAUUUGGAAGUGUAGUUAUACAAAAUGGAUUCCACCAGUGUUGAUAUAGUUAAGAUACACUUGAGCCUUACGAAAACGUGGGAUAACAUUGCCACAGCUAUUCAAGUGUCACACUUCAACUGAAAACAUCUUUCAAAGCCAUAGGGUGAAAAACACUGCUUAACUAUUGCAAUGUUAUGCCACAUUUAUAUGUAAGGCUCACAAAACUACCACAAUGCAGGUUGAAUCCUUUUGCUUUAACUAGGCCUAUUUAUAAUACAAGCUCCAAGCUCUGCAAGUACAUACAUGCAAACAAAACUUACGUACAUGUUGGAACUUGCACACUGAAGUUUAACAGAUUUCUAACCGAUUGUGAUGAUUCUAUAGUGUUGUAAUUUAUGAUUGUUAAUGCCCUAGUGCCAGUGAGAUGCUAUUACUUACAGUGAACCUGACAAAAACUUUUUUUUGUUACAGUAAUAAAGUUUUUGUCUGGUUGGAGGCUUUGGCCAUGGCUACUUAUCCUACUAUCAAAGAUGUGUAGUAAAAACGAAAAAGAGUGAUUGGUUACUUUCAGGUUGUAUUACAGGGAUGCGGAACUUAAUUUUGCAGCUAGGGCUGGGAUGUGACUAGUAUUAUUGAAGACACAUAAUUUUUUUAGUAAGACGUCAGGUAAUCUCUUGGUUAAAAUAAAAAGCUGCUUGAAAAUAUGUAACAAUAAUGUUGUGUUUUUAGACAUUAUUUUAAUUCUACGCUUUUGUCCUGUCUCAAGACAGCUAGCUCACUUGUUACUUGUCACAAUCUAAAAAACAUGCUGACUUAGAAGUAUUUAAGUACAAUAAUUUAAAGACUAACCCUGUCGGCUGUGGCAGCAGUUGUAACCAGCUGUAGUCUGUGAAUAAGGAUUUUCACCAAAACGGACCUAACCUUUGGAAAUCAUAAAUUCUUUAAUUUAGUCUCCACUAAAAAUAAAACAUUGUUUAACUGGUAAAGUCAUACUCACUGCUGUAAUUACAUCUCACUGUCUGGCAAUCACACUUGCCUAAUGUACUGUGCCUUUAUUAUGAGAUAUGAAUACAUACAAUUUUUUUAGACAUUUUCAAAAACCACUCUGACAUCAGAGUAUAGGGUCAUUUCGCUUUUUUGCGUCCACUUAGUGGAAUUGUUAGGUUUGAACGUGAAAAAAAAAAUGUCCGUGCGGUAGUUUUUAAUCAAAUAUGGUUGUAAUGUAGUCCCUAUAUAGUCUUGUCAAGUUUAAUGCACA